AUGGCCACCACCUCCACCUUCUCUGGAUACAGCCUGAGUCACAGUAGUUUUAACAUGGUGAAGAGAAUGAGGACUCAGUGGAGAUCAGGCGGCACCACCGAGAGGCGUUUCAGCUGCACCUUCUGUGGGAAGAGCUUCCAGCGUUUCUGGCAGCUAAAAGUACACCUCCGGAGUCACACCGGAGAGAAACCAUACACCUGUGAACAGUGUGGCAGGAGUUUUACCAAGCAGUGCAACCUGAUCAGACAUGCUGUAGUACACAGUGGGGAGAAGCCCUUCGAGUGCACACAAGUUGGUGGUGUGUGGAGAUUCCAAGGGAAACGUGGUUCCAAGCAGCCACCAAACAUCAACUCCUGGGGCAGCAAGAAACCUGUGUUUGUGUGUGCGGGUCCUGUUCUGGUCUUGGAGGUGAACCCACACUGCUCCAGUGAACUGGUGUGUGGCGAUGCACUGGGCCAGCUCUACUUCCUCUCCUGGAGAGAAUAA